AUGUUCGAGCUGCCCGCAGGCAGCAGGGUCCCGCGGACCGACGGGGCGAAUGGCAACAGCGACGUCCAGCAGGCGGAGGUAGGCGGCGGGAGGCGAGAGCCGGUCCCAGUCCCGGCGCAGCCUGCGGAGACCAGGGCAGGUCCGAUGGCGGAGGCCAGGGAAUGUCCGAUGGCGGAGGCCAGGGCAGGUCCGAUGGCGGAGGCCAGGGAAUGUCCGAUGGCGGAGGCCAGGGCAGGUCCGAUGGCGGAGACCAGGGCAGGUCCGAUGGCGGAGGCCAGGGAAUGUCCGAUGGCGGAGGCCAGGGCAGGUCCGAUGGCGGAGGCCAGGGAAUGUCCGAUGGCGGAGGCCAGGGCAGGUCCGAUGGCGGAGGCCAGGGAAUGUCCGAUGGCGGAGGCCAGGGCAGGUCCGAUGGCGGAGGCCAGGGCAGGUCCGAUGGCGGAGGCCAGGGAAUGUCCGAUGGCGGAGGCCAGGGCAGGUCCGAUGGCGGAGACCAGGGCAGGUCCGAUGGCGGAGGCCAGGGAAUGUCCGAUGGCGGAGGCCAGGGCAGGUCCGAUGGUGGAGGCCGGGGAAGCCCGGAUGACGAAGGUCGCCCGAUUGUUGGCGGAGCCGGCGGAGGAAGAGGGUCCCAAAGGCAGGUCCAGGUCCGGGCCCGGGCCCGGCCCAGGCGUGGCCGCGUUGCGGUAGCUCCGCCUCCGUCGCCCCCGGGCGCUUUAGGAACGAUCUCCCCGCGCUCGCUGCGCCGCGGUCUGGAGCGCCGCCUGACCGCCCGGCGCGGGACGCGGGAGCUGGCAGCGCCGCGGGAGAGGCGUGCGCGCCUGCAGAGCCAGGCAGCCGCGACUGUGCCGAGUGUCAGCGCAAUCCUCCGAGGACGGAUUUUGAUAUCUUAACAUUGACUGUCGCUCUGACUGCGUCUGAGGUUAUCCAUCCUCUGAUAGAAAAACU